GCUCGUGGGCGCCGUGCUGGGGAGAGUUCAGAGCCGAGGCGGGGAGAGCCUGAAGUGCUUUUCUGCACCCAGGUUCUGCGCAUCUCCACGUUGCGGUUAUGGAAGAACAGCUCCUCCUCCGCUGGGAAUUGCCGGAGCAAACGUGGGGCCUUUCUUUCCGCCUUGUAGCUUUCCGGGAGGGAGUGGGGUCCCCCUUAUCGGGGUGCGCUUAAAAGGGCAAAAAGGCGAACCGGAAGUUUCCCUUCUUCUGUGAAGUCGGUGUUUGGAAGUUGUUUGGGGCGUGUGGCCCAGCCUGGACUGCACGUUGGGGGAAAGUCGCUUGGGGUGAAGAAGCCUGAAAUAACCUUGUCCCCUUAAAUAAACCCGGGAGGGAUCACGGCUUCCGUCCGCAGGGACGAUGACGCUCCAAAGCUACAGCGAGCCUUUGGUCCUCCUUGUUCUCUUCCCGGGCAGAAGCGUGGCGUGGAUACGGGUGUAGAAGGGUUCCUGUGCGCUUGAAGCGUGCUACGUGGUUAGCCUGAAAUCUGCUCGCUGAAAGUUCCACCACAGUCUGGUACUUCCCGCUCCAGAUUAAUAAAUUCUGAAAUUGAGAGGCCGUAGGGAUCUUCAGUCCUCCGAGCUGAAGCCAAACAGCCAUACCGUUUGCUCCUUGUGCCUUAGCUUCUCUCUGCACUGCCCUUACGAGGUUCAGAAUAAUCGUAUUGUCAAAAACGUUCUCAGGGACCAUGAAGACUGCAUUUUAAAUCUUUCUCAAAUGUGUUUGAGAUUAAUAUCUCAAGACUGGCUGACUAAAGAUCAUAAAUCCCACAAAUACCCCUCCAAAUCAGGGAAAAUCAACUUUAUUCUGCAUGAAAGGACAAGAUAAGUGUAUUCUUUUUAUCUUAUUCCUAUAUUGUAAGGAUAUCAGCGUACACAAUGAUAGACCAUAUUAAAUGGCUCAUACAUAUAUUAAAAAUGUAUUUCAAUACAUACACUAUCAAGCCUAGACAGAUUCAUUCUCCUCUAGCUUAAGAGAACUGAUCAGCUAUUUCACUGAUUCGCUAAUUCACUGAUUGAGCAUCAGUCUUUAUAUAGUUAAAUGGAAUUGUUUAUUAGGUUACAUAUCUUUAAUUAGUCACUGCUAAAUUAAAAGGUUGGUGCAUACAUGAAAUUCUUGUACUCAAACAACAAAAGCAAAGUACAGUCACAUGUCUGGAUUUUAACACAUUUCCCUGGAAUUGGAGGUCUUGGAGGAUGGGGACUUCUUGCUUGUCUCGGGGUCACCUUCUCUCGGAUGACACUGUUAUAAGAAAAAUGAUGAAUUUGAAUAUCCCAUUCACCAUAUUUUCAUAUUGCUACAAACAUAGAAUUCUGUUACUCAAGUAGAAAAUAUGCUAUAAUAGAACUGUGUGGGCAUUUUGACUUUUAGUAUUGUUAUUAGAAGAGGUCUAGAUCCCUGAUUGUUUUGUUCACCUUUACUUCUCUGCAGUUUGUUUCACUUGUACAAUCUCUACAUUCAUUCACACUGAAAGAAUUUUCCAUUAUCUCUAGCCUCCUUUGUUCUGAUCAGUCCAAAUAUUGCCAGUGUUUCUACAUUUCUCUUAUAUCCAAUAAUAUUAUGAACAUUGAAAGUUUAGCAAAAUAUGAUCUUCCUUUGAAUGUGCUCCUCAAUUAAAAGGUUGAUUCCAAGGCAUUGAAGUAAAAUUAUAAAAUCAAUAGUCCGUGGUCAAACUCUAUAGAGACCCUGUGGAACAAAUGUCAACUAUAGUUAGCAAUGCAGUCUGAUACAAUUACAAGUCAGCUUUGUCUGAAAACUGACAGUAAUGAAAUCUGUGUUUUCUUGGGCAGCCGAUGCAGUUCUCAUUCUUGCAGAUAACCAGGAACACUUGAUGAUGAUGAUAUGCCCCAUGGGUUUUGUAUAGUCACAUAUUCUUCCACAGACAGAUUUGAAGGGAACUUUGUGCAUGGAGAAAAGAAUGGUCAUGGAAAGUUCUUCUUCUUUGAUGGAAGCACGCUAGAAGGCUUUUAUGUUGAUGAUGGUCUGCAAGGCCAGGGAAUAUACACCUAUGAGGAUGGAGGGGCACUUCAUGGCACUUACAUUGAUGGUGAACUGAAUGGGCCAGCCCAAGAAUAUGAUGCUGACGGGCGAUUGAUAUUCAAAGGGCAAUACAAAGAUAAUAUUCGGCAUGGAUUUUGUUGGAUUUACUAUCCGGAUGGUGGGUAUCUGGUUGGAGACGUUAAUGAAGAAGGAGAGAUGACUGGAGAGAAAUUAGCCUAUGUAUACCCUGAUGGGAAGGUGGCAUAUUAUGGGCACUUCAUAGAUGGUGAAAUGAUAGAAGCAAAAUUGGCUAAUGUUAUACGGGCAGAGGAAGAAAAGCUACAAUUUGAUAUACUGCCAGGCAGCCCAGUUUACAGUUUUGAUAAAUCUACUUCAUCCUGCAUUUCUACAAAUCCACUUCUUCCUGACCCUUAUGAAUCAGAGAGGGUGUAUGUAGAUGCAUCUCUUAUUUCCAAUGCUGGAGAAGGUUUAUUUACUAAAAUAGCUGCUGAAGCUGGCACAGUUUUAUCAUUUUACAAUGGCAUACGAAUUACACAUCAAGAGGUGGACAGCAGGGACUGGGCUUUGAAUGGAAAUACGAUCUCCCUUGAUGAUGAAACAGUCAUAGAUGUACCAGAACCCUACAGCCGUGUAACCAAAUACUGCGCCUCUUUGGGGCACAAGGCAAACCACUCAUUCACCCCAAAUUCUGUUUAUGACUCGUUUGUUCACCCUCGCUUUGGACUGAUUAAAUGUAUUCGCACAAUUCGAGCAGUGGAGAAGGAUGAAGAACUAACAGUGGCUUAUGGAUAUGAUCAUGGGACCACUGGACAAAAUGGACCAGAAGCACCCGAAUGGUAUUUGGCAGAACUAAAAGCUUUCCAAGCUUCCCUGAAAAAAUGAAAUACAAGCAGUUUCUCUGUUCAGAAAACUGAAUCUAUGCACUAUCUUUGAUACUGGAAUCGGAACAGCCAGUGGUUGAUCAUGCUGUUGUUCUUCAACACUUUACCCUCCAUUAGAAAGAGUGGGAGUCUUUUUUACUUUUGUUCAUUGCAAACUAAUAUGUUUAGCCACUACCUUCAAAUAAUCUUUACAUUUUAGCUAAUAUUGCAAAAUGAUUUAUUUAAUAUGCUGCACAAGGUAAUAUGAUUUUUGAGGGGGGCAACUACUCUGUAUCAGCAGCUGUCAAAAUAUAGAAGGAGAACUUUUUUAAAACCAAGGUUUUAUCUCCACUGUAGUUUCACUGAUACUGCGCAACUACAUUUUGUAUUUGCCAUAUUGUGAUGAUAAUAGAAUUGUGCUAGCUUUAGUAUUCUAGAAAAGCAGUAUAAUUUUUAUUCUUAAAACUUUUCAGAAUACUGCUUUCGGGCGUUUUCUGUUUUGGUGCGCAAGAGACCUCUCCUUACAUUAUCAUCUUCUUAGAUAAAGACAGCACAAAAGUUUAAACUGCAGUGUUUUUUAUGGCUCUGAGGAUAAAAACAACGUGCCUGGAAGACCAGAGCUGCUGUAACUUUAAUCGUGGCAAUCACAUUGAGUGACUUCUAGUUGGGCAUACAUGUGUUUGCUAUUGGUUGCUUUGGUUUUUUACACAAAGGCUGGAGAGCAUAAUAGCAGUUUGUAUAGAACAAAUGGAUCAAGGAAGGAUGUACCGAGAAAUUCCUCGUUUGCUAAAUUUCUCUUUCUACCUUUUCCUGCCUUUCAUUGGAGACUUGCAGGAUUCUGGGAGCUGCCAAUAUUUAUCAAAGGCAAAUUUCUGUGGAGUCAGGAUAAUUACCGGAGGAAUCCGACAUUGCAACCUUUUUUUUUUUUAA